UCCAGAUAUUGGUGAUGAAUUGAUUUGGAUUGGAUUUGCUCGACCAUCAUUGGGUGCUGUACCACCAGUAAUAGAACUUCAAGCACGUUGGUUUGCAUUAUUAUGUUCAAACAAAUGUAAAUUACCAGAAGGGAAUACAAUAAGGAUAUCUAGGCAACGGGGGGAAGGGAUGUCGGGCUUUGAACAAGGACAUGAUUAUUAUAAGGCUAGCAUUGGAACACAAGUCGAGGUUAUAAUGCAAGGUGCGCUUUGUCCUCAACAAAAUCAUUUAUUUUAUCAUGUAAAAGAGAAUAAUGGACCAAUGAAAAUAGUAGAUGUCUUUAUUGAAUGA